AUGGACUUGGAAGGCCGCGGUGACAAUGCGCGUCACUCCUCACCCAUCCUCUCUCCGGCACUCCAGGCCAAGAAGCCAGCCUCCGUUAGCUGUGCGUUGCGCUCAGCCAUCUUGAUGAGUGCACAAACUAUGCAGCAGUUGGAGUCGGCGCGGUCGCUCGCGUUGGGCGACGGUAGAUAUUAUCCGACCAUCAUACCAGGCGUGCUUCCCAUCAUCGGCUAUUCUACAGAACAGCCCAUCGAGAUACAGCGAUGGGGCGCCGAAUUUCUUGCUGAAGCUUUUGGCUCGCCCACAUGGCCGUCAGACGUGAAAGAGAACGCUGCGCCGUCCGUGCUGGCUACCCUCAAGGCCUAUCUCGAGAAUGUCGACGACAAGAGCGUCAUCAAGAGCGCCGUGCAAGCAGCCGCAAGCGUGUACCCGCUCGUCUACAGACACACUGUCUCCGAUCCCAGCGAUGCUCAACACUGGCAGCUCAUGGCUGCCAUCAAAUCGAAUAUUCUGCGCAGAAUGGAUUCCGCCGCUCCAGGGAUACGCAUCUGCUGUGUCAAGUUCCUACAGCAGAUAGUCCUGGUACAGACGCCUGGCGUCAUGGACCCUAGGCGACCUGAUCAUAACGACAUCUCACUCGCCCUUGUACCCCGCGAUCACCCCCUCAUUCCGUAUGCGGCCCUUGAGGCAGAAGGACAUGGUCUGCUGGACCGAUUGCUGGACAUCAUACAUGGAGAUCACAGGUUAGAUAGCCAUCUACAGACUGCCAAAUCUCGUCUGACACAACACAGUGAUGGUCUGCUGGUAACAGGCACGCUCAAUAGUCUAGGCAUGCUUCUCCACCGACGUCCUGUUGCUGCAAACAAGAUCCUAAAUAGCAUCUUCAACUUCAACCCCCUGAAGCUUGCAAACUCGCCCAUGACACCCAAGAACAAGGUCAUAAUAAAGUCGAUUGAACGCACAACUCGGGCACUGCUCGUGAACAUCAUGAAGAGACACCCUGAAAACCCGAUCAACGGCCGGAUACAACAAUAUCUUGAGCGCAUGCAUCGCACACGUAUCGAAGUCUUUGAAGAAUCUAGUCGCAAACGUCCCGCACCCAGUGAACCGACCGACGGUCUCGACCAAGCCAAGAGGCAGCGCUUGGUUGCUGCUGAGACAUCGCCGCAUCCGCCUCCUGUCCAGGAACUACCGCCGGGCCCAGUGAGCUGGCGCCAACUAUAUACUCUGAACUCGGAAGGCAAUUCUUUGAACUUUGAUGUGCAAGCUUUCAAGGAUCCAGAACAACUGCUCAGAAUUGUUGUACCUGUCUUACAGUCAGUAGACGGGGCCAAGCUCGAGCAGGCUAUCAAUGUUGUUCGCUCUCGAUACACUGCACUAAGUCGAGCCGCUGCUCAGCAAGCCGCUGCGCAAGCUGCUGCUGCCCCAGACGCAGAUGAUGAAGAGGAAUAUGAGCCUGAUUUCGAGCCAGAGGACGCAGAGCAGUUGAUCAACAAGCUUGAUGGCGCCCCUCCAACCGAACUACAACUACAAUCCGGACCUACUACAGCACUUGCGCCAUAUAAGCUACCCGAUGCGCCUCCGCUAUCUGAGCAGGAGGUUCAGAAGUAUGGCGAUAUGACGAUACAUCGAGCCUUUGGUAUGCUGAGCAGUGUAGACGAGAAUCAGAAGAGCAAGGUGACAAAGGGCGGCUUUAACCGACUCGCUGCAAGUGACUAUGGACGCGAUGCAUGGGUCACCAUACUCUCAAGAUUAGCUACACGAGCAAACGCUGGCCUGGAAGACCCGGAAGAGGGCAUCAAGGACGAAUUUGCCGUCAAGAGCGCAAAGGGGAGCCAAAAGAUUGGCGAUGCUGUCCGAGACGGGUUGUACCAGUACAUCAUGUACGACUGGAAGAGGCGGAUCGACGUCGCGAUAUCCUGGUUGAACGAGGAGUGGUACAACGAUAUAGUCAUUGCGCAGUCCACAAAAAACCCUACAAAAAUCGGCACGACAAAUGGACACAAUGUAUCAGAUCCCCCCAAAGGCAAUUACCGCCGUUGCGUACUACGCCUUAUCGACGGCCUAUUACCAUACAUUGAGAACACAGACAAGAUCCUCCUGCGCCUCGUCUCCGAGAUCCCCGCCAUCGACGCAGAAAUCCUGUCACGGAUAAAGAAAAUGGCCGAGGAUCCGGAGCGCAUCGACCUCGCUAGCCGGGUACUACAGUACCUAUACAUGUUUCGACCGCCAGUCCGGACUUUGGUCGUUGACGUCUUGGCCGAAAUGUGGAGGGACAAUGAGCGUGCGAGACCGAGCGUGAGGAAAUUGCUGCUGAGGUGGAGGCCAGAGGUAUUAGGCGAAGAGUCUACAGGUACGCCGACGCUAACGGUGAAGAAGGAAGAGGGUCAGUUGGCCAGGGAGAGUGCGAAUGGAGCGCUGGAAGUCAAGGCUGCGUCGUGA